UUAGGAUUUAGUUUUAAUCGUGACAAACGAUGGGAUUACCUGGCUUCUUCCUACAGCGAGGGAUUAGUGGACAAGCCAGUUACCGGUGUGGAGUGGUUAAAACACUUCAGGUAUAGAAAUGAACAUGUACUUGCAAAGCUAAAAACCAGCAACAAAUAUACAUGGAGUCGGCGAGAAGAAACUGACGUAGACCAGCCGCUUAUUCAAGUUAUUGAGCAGGGAAUUAAUCGACCCAAAAAUUCUUGCGAUGCGAUCGGAGUGGUAUUGAAAGAAUUGCACCAUCAGAGUGGUAAUGGCGAACUUCAAGAUGCUAGUUGCGGUACGCGGUGUCAAUGCAUUCUUUGGUAACAUUACACAGCUUCGCAGGGACGAUAGAACUAUUGUGCAUGUGAGAGAGCUAUCUUUGGUGAAACAUUUCAAAAAGAUGUUGAAAAAUGAUUGGAAAAAUGGGGCUAUUGUAACAACAGUGGAUCAGCAUAGUUCUUAUAAACAGCCUACGCAGCAGCAUUUACCAAAAUAUCUACUCAUGAAAGAGCCAUGCUGCUUCAAACAGCAAUCUGAUUAA